AUGGAUUUGCUGCGCCUCCUCCUCAUCCUGCUGGCCAUGUGCUGUCCUGCGUACGGCACAUGGGACAGCUGUGGAGGGACCUGCGGGCUCCGGCCCAUGGCUUUUCAGUACGGCAUGUCGCGCGUCGUGGGUGGCACAGAUGCCCAGGCAGGGGCCUGGCCCUGGAUCGUCAGCAUCCAGAAUCCCUGGCAAGCGGGCACGGGUCAUACCUGCGGAGGCUCCCUCAUCAGCGCACAGUGGGUCCUGACAGCAGCCCACUGCUUCAUCGAGGCCAGCUACAUCACCAUGUGGCGCGUGGUGAUCGGUGCCACGCGGCUGACUCAGCUGGGCCCUGAGGCCCAGGUGCGCAACAUCAAGCGGCUGCUCCUUCACCAAGGCUACAGUAACAUCACGCAGAGGAACGACAUUGCCUUGCUGGAGCUGGACCAGCCUGUGCAGUGCAACGCCUACGUUCAGCUUGCCUGCGUGCCCGAUGCCUCGCUGAGAGUCUCGCAGCUGAAAAACUGCUACAUCAGCGGCUGGGGUGCCACGACUGCAAGAUCUGGACGAUCAACGGAUGUGCUGCAGGAGGCCCAGGUCCGCCUCAUUGAUGUCAACGUCUGUAACAGCAGCCGGUGGUACAGAGGGGCCAUCCACACGCACAACGUCUGUGCUGGCUAUCCGCAGGGCGGCAUUGACACCUGCCAGGGGGACAGCGGUGGGCCUCUCGUGUGCCAAGACAGCAGUGCAGACUACUUCUGGCUUGUUGGUGUCACCAGCUGGGGGAGAGGCUGUGCCCGAGCCAGGCAGCCCGGAGUCUACACCUCCACUCAGCACUUCUACGACUGGAUCCUGCUACAGAUGGGCCUGCGCCCAGCAGUGAGGGCUACUCCAACAGCACGCGCUUGGAGUCAUUUUGUCACCACCUCAAGCCCCGUUCCGAGGCCAAGGCCCACAGCAGCGCAGUCGGGCGGCUCCUGCCCGUUUCCAGUCCAGAAGCUGCUGGACUUCUUUAGCCGGCUGCAGGAGCUCCUGCAGUACCUAAGGGGAAAAACGGUAGGCCACCACGCCCAGCCCCGUGGCAACCAGCCACUCUGUGACAUCACCCCCGGGGCCAAGGGCAUCCUGGGCAACAAUCCCUGGCAAGCGGGCACGGGUCAUACCUGCGGAGGCUCCCUCAUCAGCGCACAGUGGGUCCUGACAGCAGCCCACUGCUUCAUCGAGGCCAGCUACAUCACCAUGUGGCGCGUGGUGAUCGGUGCCACGCGGCUGACUCAGCUGGGCCCUGAGGCCCAGGUGCGCAACAUCAAGCGGCUGCUCCUUCACCAAGGCUACAGUAACAUCACGCAGAGGAACGACAUUGCCUUGCUGGAGCUGGACCAGCCUGUGCAGUGCAACGCCUACGUUCAGCUUGCCUGCGUGCCCGAUGCCUCGCUGAGAGUCUCGCAGCUGAAAAACUGCUACAUCAGCGGCUGGGGUGCCACGACUGCAAGAUCUGGACGAUCAACGGAUGUGCUGCAGGAGGCCCAGGUCCGCCUCAUUGAUGUCAACGUCUGUAACAGCAGCCGGUGGUACAGAGGGGCCAUCCACACGCACAACGUCUGUGCUGGCUAUCCAGGCCACCACGCCCAGCCCCGUGGCAACCAGCCACUCUGUGACAUCACCCCCGGGGCCAAGGGCAUCCUGGGCAACGCGAGUUCGGGGGGCACGGGCACGGGUCAUACCUGCGGAGGCUCCCUCAUCAGCGCACAGUGGGUCCUGACAGCAGCCCACUGCUUCAUCGAGGCCAGCUACAUCACCAUGUGGCGCGUGGUGAUCGGUGCCACGCGGCUGACUCAGCUGGGCCCUGAGGCCCAGGUGCGCAACAUCAAGCGGCUGCUCCUUCACCAAGGCUACAGUAACAUCACGCAGAGGAACGACAUUGCCUUGCUGGAGCUGGACCAGCCUGUGCAGUGCAACGCCUACGUUCAGCUUGCCUGCGUGCCCGAUGCCUCGCUGAGAGUCUCGCAGCUAAAAAACUGCUACAUCAGUGGCUGGGGUGCCACGACUGCAAGAUCUGGACGAUCAACGGAUGUGCUGCAGGAGGCCCAGGUCCGCCUCAUUGAUGUCUAA